AUGUCAACCUACUCAGAGGAUUCUGCGAGCUCAUUAGACGACUCCGAAGACCUUGACGAUAUCCCGCUGUCCGUCGCGCCGAAUGGGCGAUAUCCACAUGUUGAGCCUCCGUUGACAUCUAGAGGGCCACCACAAGGUUUCCCACGGCCUGGGACUGGCUUCAACCUGAAGCUGCCCAUCCCGAAGCCCGACGACUUGUCGUCGCCGGGCCCUGACUUGCCGCAACGGCUCCGCUCCGAGCCGGCCUGCCUUCCAGAAACAGCUCGCACAAGGCCGCAGCCGGGGCUAUCUCUGCCCAUAGGGGUUCCACGCGCCGCGUCAACGUCCUAUAAUGGUGCCGGGCCCAAGGACGAGCCGACGCCAAUCCUGGGCCGGCGCAAUUCCCUCAAACCCCCCAUGCUCAACCUCGUCAAUCCGGCCUCAGCUUCGCCAGUACCCAGCGGCGCACCCACACCCGGACUCAACGAGACAGGGGAGGCACCACCACGCCUCAACGCAUGGCCUCCCCCCGACGCCGCAGCGCGCCGCGCGCCGCUGCGCGUUGACCUGGUCUCCUCAGCUUUCGUACUCCAGGGACCUUUCCUCCACGACCACCGUACGGCGGUGACGCCGUCGUUGGCGCCGCCGCCGUUUGUAGGGGCCCCUGCCCCCACCGCCUCUGCCACCGCAGCAGCCCCCGCUGUCUCGUCCUCCUCCUCCUCCUCCGCCAUCAGCGAAUACAUCUUGCAACAGUGCAGCAGUCAACUGGGCAUUUCACCUUGCGAUCUGGAGUUUUUCGAGUUGCGGCCGCUGGAGGGCGGCAUCAUUCCGGAUUCAUGUGCCCGAGUGGGUGUCAUGAUUCGUGGAUCCUCCUUCUCAUUGUCCGCAUUGGAGGAUCUGCUGGCGAGAAGCAAACGAGCAGAAGCCAGACAACACGCGGAGAGGUUCUCAAAGCAGAACGAGGAGCUGGCGAUGCUGAAGGAGCGGGUUCGCGGGCUGGAGGCGACCAACCACCACCUCAAAGAGCAACUUCAGCGCAGCGACGAGCACCGGCAGCUGCUGGGCGCCACCAUCCGCACCAUUAAAAAGGAGUUCGAGGACUUCAAGAGCCGUGUGGUGGUGGAGGGGUCCCUGCUCGAUCAGCUGCCUUUGCACCAGCUCAAUUUGGGGCCACUAGCGACGGCAGUGAUGGGACAGGUCAAAAUCAAGGUCAAAAUCAAGGUCAAAAUCAAGGUCAAGGCCAUCAUCAGCAUCACCAGCAGCAGCAGCCGGCAGCCGCAGGGCAGCCGGGGGUGCGCGCCCGGAUACGUUGUUUAUAUCCGGGCGCUAAGGACGCUCACUUGGGGGCACAGCACCUCUCAGCACAUCGCAACACAGAUAACUGAGCAGCGGUCAGGGCCGCCAUUCGGCCACAUCGCCGACCCCCCUCCUGGAACUUCAUUAUAG